AUGAAGGCUGAGGUUGGAAGAGUGGAUAAAGGAAGAGAUGCAGCUGUUCAGGACAUCUCAGCAGGUAUUCGACUGUUUCCUCUGUUCUGGUUACAGUCACCUGCUUUAGCAUGGUGUCUCUUUCGCUUUGUCUCACAGGUUUUUCUCGACUAUAUCCGGUCAUCUGACCAAAUACCGGCUUUAUGGCUGGUUCUCAUGGAGAUUGAUUACCAUGAAACUACGGUCAGCCUUAGCCUGAUUGGCCCGAUGUUACCAUCACCUAGUCAUGUUUUUCGUCUACUAGAUAAGGCUAUAUCCAUGACUUCGAAUGUAUAUGAGCAAAAACUGGCCACAUAA